AUGCAGUCUCCUAGUCCCGUUUAUCUAUCGCAUUGGAUACAUGGUGGUUUUUUGGAUCCUGUUUUACGCCUGCUCCAGUCUGCUGUCGAUGUUGCUGCUGCCAACAAUUUGAAUGAACUUACACCUGAAUCGAUAUUACCAUCUAUAGAACAAAUGGAAAAAGAUUGGAGCGCCAUGUUGCCUCAAUUUGAAAAGAAAGCGUAUCCUUUCUACAUACAAGAAGAAAUUAUUCUGAGUUCACGAGCAUUACAGUCUUUGGCUGUUUGUCAACUUCUCGUGAAAAUUCUGGCAAGAUGUGGCAAUCGUCAGAAUUCCAACGAAGCUGUGGGCAAGAAAACCAAGUCA